GCAGCUUGUUUUUGAUGUUUGCAUGGCGGUCGCACUACUUCUACAUUAUAGAAUGACUUAGUGGGUGGAUAGACACAAACUUAGGGCUCAUGACACUUCGUGGAGAGAUGCUCUUAAUGGCGGGAGGACGUUUCUUUUGCACAUUCUAUAAAGUAUGCUUUUCUUGCACCUAUCCAAUAAAACGACUUCUGUGCACGUGACCUGCAUAGCAGGGGUUAAUGAGGAACUGGGCGCUUGCAGCGCAAUGAUUCAGGGCUAGGACAGCUUGUGUGGAUGACAGUGCAGUAAACUCCUGCACCGUGUGCACUGCGCCCAGCUGCACAGCAGGCACAUUUCCCUGUGUGGCUCCACUUUGUGACAUCGCUCUUAUCCACUUUAUGUUCCUGCACAGAUUAAGAGCUUUCACUUCUGGAAUGGGAUUGUACUGUGACUUCAGAGGAGUCAGCCAAAGUAAGCCUAGAUUGGGGCAAUGGAGAAUCUGGGGGUGAAAUGCAACAGAGGAAGACUGAACGGUUCUGGAGAGUGGGCCUGGAUCACAAGCACUUUUCAAGUGUCGUUUAUUGGGACACAUCUGCACAAAAAAUAUAUGAAUAUCUGACAUGAUUUGAUCAGAUCAGUCUGGCCAUACAAAUACCAACCAGGACAUUGGACUUGUGCCAGCAAUAACUUAUUUACUUACUAUUGUGUUGGUUUAUAAUUUAAGAUGCAAUGAGCAUGAAACAUAAUGUCAUAUUUUAGAUGUUCUCUAAGUGAGCUGCAAGCCCGAGGAUGUUAUGUUCAAGGAAGAAGAAAUGCAGUCUUAAGCACAGCACAGCUAUCGCGGUCCCUUCUAUGAAAGGCCAUGGAUACCUGGAUUACACUAUUGAAAACCAUUCUUCAAAAGCUUUCGAAAAAAUGGAUGAGCUUCGAAAAAAUAAUCAGCUGUGUGAUGUCCUCUUAAAAGUUAUUUAUAAUGGGCACGAAGAACACUUCCCAGUACAUAAGAUUGUGCUGGCAUCUUGCAGUUCCUUUUUCCGGGCUAUGUUUACCAAUAACUUCCGUGAGUGCAAUGCCAAGGAAGUCACCAUUAAGGACAUAUGCCCCAUAGUAAUGCAGAGACUGAUAGAAUUUGCCUAUACGUCGAGGAUAACCGUUGGAGAAAAGUGCGUCUUGCAUGUGCUCUUAGCUGCCAUGAGAUACCAGAUGGAGGAUGUGGCGAAGGCUUGCAGCGACUUUCUGAUGAAACACCUUGAGCCCAGCAAUGUCAUAGGAAUUUCCAACUUUGCAGAGCAAAUAGGAUGCACAGAGCUGCAUAAAAAUGGAAGGGAAUACAUCAAUAUGCACUUCAGCGAGGUUACAAAGGAGGAGGAAUUUUUAAAUCUUUCUCAUUGUGAACUAUUGGACUUGGUAAGUCAAGAAAGCUUGAAUGUCCUCUGUGAGACAGAAGUGUACAAUGCUUGUGUGAGAUGGAUGCAGUGGGAUUUGAACAACAGAGCUCAGUAUUUUUAUGUGUUGCUAAAUGCAGUUCAUCUUUACGCUCUUCCACCCAAGUUCCUGGCUGUUCAACUUAAGCAAUGUCCCAUUCUAAAUAAGGAGAACUCUUGCAGGAUGUAUCUUUCCAAGAUUUUCCAAGAAAUGUCAUUACACAAGCCUCUCCCACCAACAAAAGUACGGGGCAACCAACUAAUCUAUGUUGCUGGUGGCUACCUUCAUACCUCAUUGAGUUCAAUGGAUGCUUAUAACCCACAGACUGGGGAAUGGAUUAAGCUGGCUGACAUGGUAGAACCAAAGAGUGGUCUUGCAGCUUGUAUUGUCAGUGGGUUGCUCUAUACUGUGGGUGGAAGGAAUCAUUCCUCAACAGACAAUACAGACUCAAAUUCCUUAUCCUGUUUCAAUCCGCUAAAUAAUCAGUGGACAUCAAUAGCACCAAUGAAUGUUCCGAGAAACCGCGUUGGAGUAGCAGUAGUUGAUGGUGCCAUUUAUGCUGUAGGAGGCUCAUCUGGAUCGGAGCACCACAAAAGUGUUGAAAGAUAUGAUCCUGAAAUCAACCAAUGGACAUUUAUAACUCCCAUGCAAGUUGCACGAAUUGGGGCAGGAAUAACGUCAUGUCGUGGCCUUUUAUAUGCAGUUGGCGGAUUUGAUGGAGAAAACCGACUGAACACUGUAGAAUGUUAUCAUCCAGAAAAUAACCAGUGGUAUUCUGUGGCAUCAAUGAAUACUAUACGAAGUGGUGCAGGUGGUUUCAAUGCUGAAGGUUUUCUUUCUUCUGUGGAAUGUUACUGCCCAGAAAGUAACACAUGGAGUGAAGUGGCAGAAAUGCCCAUAGGGUGCAGUGGCAUGGGCGUAGCAGUCACCAUGGAGCCAUGCCCGGACCAGCACAAGGACAUUGAAGAGGGUUAAUUGAAGAUGUUUGCAUACACUACUGCUUCUAAAAUCCUACUGGUUAUAAACAGAGCUACUUGGUUCCGAUUUGUUACCUGUGAGGGAUUAUGAUCCUGAAUACAGUUUAAUAUGAUAUUUAGCUGAAUCUUUGUGGGAAUAAAGUUCAUGAGGAGACAUGAAGUACAGGGAGGACGGAAAGAACAGACUGUGGUAAUGUGGG